UUUUUCUGAGUGAUUGACUUGCUAUAGGCCUAAUUGCUACUAUUAAUCAGCUUUGUGAUAUUUUGUUAUUGAUUUUUAUCGUAUUCAUUCCAGUUGAUAUUUUCAAUUUCUAUCAUGGAUAUGUCGCUGGCUACCGCUGGCCUUGAUUGGGCACGCAGUGUGGACGCAGCCAUGGACCAACGCAGCCAAGCUUACCAGGCUGGGCCAGCGACUCGACCAAUAUGUGGAAGCAGGACUGAAAUUUUUAAACAGGUGCGUUUGGAAUGUGUGGUGAGUUUAUUGAAGGCAGCUGUGGCUCCACUCAGCUCAUUCAUAAUGGAGGCACUUGCUCUGAAUCACCCUUUAACGGCCGCCAUUCGCCAACAACUGCAACUGGUUCCAAGCAAAAUGGUGCUGAAAAGUAUCAAUUCAAUGAAACCUACAACACCGACCAUGAGAUAUGACGAUGUGUGAAGCGUUGUCUGAAGGCUGAUGAGGCUGGAGAACUGGAGGAUGAUGAGGAAGGGAAUGCAGACACAGGGGAAAGAGGCAAGCUGAGGCUGGAGAGGCAUUUCGAAGGAGACAAAGGCUGUAGUGCUAAAGAUGCAAGUAAGUACUGGAGCGAUGAGUUGGAGUACUCACACAUUCGGGCACAGUCUUUAUUAUGAGUGAUUCAUUCAAUCAUUUCAUCAAUAUGAAAAUUUGGAUUUUUAUGAGAAACUGUUUUUUUUUUAAUUUUGUAGAUACAGUGGAAAAUUAUGAUUUAUAAUUAAUUUGGAAAAUACUAAUGUCAAAAAUAUAUCUAGGGUGAAGUGGGGUUUGAUUAUAAAAUGUAAAACGGGAUGAUUUAAUUAUGAUGAUGAUGAUUAUAAUAAUUGAAAGAUAAAAACAUUUGUAGCUAAGAAACAUUGAACUCUGAUAAUAAUAGUUAUCUUACAAGAAUAAGUGAAAAUCUAUGUUGUUUCUUUGAAACCUAUAAAGUGUCUUAAGACAGUCCAUGUUCUACUGUACAAAGAUGGAUGGAAAAUAUUUCAUUGAUUGAUAAUGCUUGAUUGACAGUCGUGGAGAGCAGCACACCUUCUUCACUUCAAUUAUUUUCAAAAUUAUUACCCUGCCACAUAAAAUUACAUUGCAAUUCUGCUUAUUUUCAACAAAUUUCUAUUAAAGCUCUCCUAUUUUUCAAGUCUGUAGAUCAACAAAACUUGUGUCUUGGCUCAAUGUAUCGAUGGAUCAAUAAAACAUUAUUUUUUUAAACUAAAGAUGGUUCUGAAUAAAAAAUGCAGCAUUGAGAAUGUGAGAUAAAUAGAAACAGGAAGUGAGUUUAGCCGAUAAUUGACUAUUUUCCAAUAUUUAUUCUAUUAUAUUUCAAUUAUUGCAAUUAUUUGGUCGUUAAUUUUAAUUUUAUAUACAUAUUCAUAGGUGGAAAAGUAGUCUUAAAAGCAGCUGAUAAAAGAAUGUUUUAUUUUAUGAUUUUAAAAUUCUAAAGAUUUGUUUUUUUAUAUCUUAGUAUCUAUAUAUAAGUGUAAGUCCUAUUAUCAUACAUAGCUUAGUCAGGACUUAUAAUGUGAAAUUUAUCAAAUUAGGAUUUUUUAUUCUAUCAACCCAGUUUUAUUUUUGUACUUUUCGGAUUGUGUUAAAGUAGCUACACACACAUCGAUUUUAUGCAUACGAUUCUUUGCCGUCCUUAUAAAUCCUAUUAGAUUGAACGGAACUUGAUAAACAUCAUCUUCUAAUCUAAUAGAAUUUAUAAGGAUGGCAAACCCAAAACUUUGUACGUCCAAAAAUCGAUGUGCACAAGGACUUGAAAGAAUUGGUUAUAGGGGAUGUCAUUGGCUGGUAUAGAAGACAAAAGAUUUUUGAAAAAUAUGUAUCUAAACUUCUUAAAUGAAGCAAAGAGACAAUAAAUGUAUUGAGCCUGUAUAGAGCGGUGGAUAAAUUAAUGUAAAUUACUUUCAGACCUGUACUAUUUAUUGAAGAGGAAUAAUUAGGAAAUUACAGAAAUAAUGUACCUAGUUGAAUUAGGAUCAUUGAGCAACCUGGAAGGGAAUACAAGUCAUUUUUUAUGAAAAGGAAGAAGCAGGGAGCUAGCAGUCCUAGAGUUAUCUGAAUUUGUAAGUGAAUUCUCAAAUUAUUCAUUGUAUGUUGGUUGGAACAAACUGUUCAUUGUCGACUUUGGUCAACAGCUAAGAGAAUUGACCUUGACCAUAGUAAAAACCUCUGAACCACUCAGAAAACCACAACAAAACCCUCCCAACAACCGCCACAGCUUGAGCCAACAACUGACCAACAUAUUCAGAUUUUUGUCAACAACUUACAAUAGGUGAUCCCUUGUUGGGGGGGGGGGGGGUAGUAAUAAACAAACGGUGUCAUUUCAAUUAUUAAAAAAAAAUCUUGUGUUGGGGGUUGGUAUACUGUAUUUGAGGUAUUCAGGGGGGGGUAUAAAUGUGGGGUAUUCAGAGCGGGUGGUAUUGUACUAAAUUUGAGGUAUUUAGAGGGUCUUUGGGCAUGGUGUGGGGGGUGGACAAAUUUAUUCAUUUUUCAUUUUCAAAUACUUACCUUCAAAAACAAAUACAAAUACCUUAACUGGCCCACACAUGUGGCCUCUGACUCAAGGCGGCCUCGGGCGCCUCAAGGCCGCCUUCAGGCCUCAGACUCACAACAUGUGUGGAGCCGAUACUUACGUCACAUUCAACUAUAUCUCGUCACACUACACCUCUACCACAACUCGUAGACAAAAACCCAAUCACCCAAAAACCACAGAGAAUUCAAUUCUCCAUCUUCAUAAUCAUCAUGAUAAUACAGCAACGACCAAACUGUAGAAAUUCCUCCCAGAGAAUAACUUACAAGUCAAGAAUGAACCAGUCUGUUCCAACCAACAUACAGAUUUUACUGUACCCUAAAAAAUCCAGUUUUAUCUGUGUAAAGCAAUGGAUUUAUAGACAAUGACUGUACCAGAAAUUCAUCUGAACCCUCCUCCAUUCUUCAAAAAGAAUUCCCUGCCUUGGCCAUCAAAAGACUGAUGUUUUGAAAAAAAA